AUGCUGAGCCUCCAAGGACGACUGCCCGCCCGGCGCUACAUCGCCCUCGCCGUCUUCUUCCUGCUGGCCAUCAUCCUCUGGCAGGGCUUCAACCCUUCCCGCCUGCCGUUCAAGGCCCCUGGCGGCAGUUCCAUUCCCUACGUUCCCAGCACGAUUGACUGGAGCCAGGCCAAGAUCUACUUCCCACCGAACAAGACAGUCCCGCUACCGUCGGGAAGACCCAAGACCUUGCCUCGGGUACAAGCCCGAGCAGCCUCCGAGGACAGCCAUGAUGCUUCCAAGUCUCGGAGGGAGGCUGUGCGAAAGGCCUUCAUAAAGAGCUGGAAUGCGUACAAGCAAUACGCGUGGGGCAAGGAUGAGCUAAUGCCGCUCUCGGGAAAGGGCAAGACUACUUUUUCGGGGUGGUCGGCCCAGCUGGUCGACGCUCUCGACUCGUUGUGGAUUUUGGGCUUGAAGGAUGAUUUCCGCCAUGCCGUGAGGGAGGUUGCCAAGAUUAACUGGUCCAAGACCGACGGCAGCAACAUCAACGUGUUUGAGGUGACGAUUCGAUAUCUGGGGGGGCUGUUGUCGGCCUACGACCUCUCGGGAGAAGAGGUACUGCUGAAGAAGGCCGUGGAGCUUGGCGAUGCGCUGUACAUGGCAUUUGACACGCCGAACCGCCUACCGACUCACUGGCUCAGCUACACCAAGGCCGAGAACGGAGAGACCCUUGGCGACACCAGCAUUUCCGGCGCCGCCAGCGGAUCGCUCUGCGUCGAGUUCACUCGUCUCAGCCAAAUCACCGGGGACGCCAAGUACUACGAUGCCACGGAACGGGUCAAGCAGUUCUUUUAUGAAAAUCAGAACCACACCAAGGCCCCUGGUCUGUGGCCAUGGGAUAUGAAUUUCCGCGAGGGCACCAUUAAGGAUGGCUUCUUCACUUUCGGAGCUGGCGCCGAUUCGCAGUACGAGUACCUUCCCAAGAUGCACGCCUUGCUCGGCGGACUGGACCCGGAAUACGUCGAGAUGACAAUCCUGUCUUUGGAUGCCGGUCGAGACAAGCUGCUCUUCAAGCCAAUGACGCCCAAGGACGAGGACAUCCUCAUGUCAGGCAACCUGGAUACCUUUACGGGCAAGCGAGAAAGCACUGCGCAAAUGCAGCAUCUAACCUGUUUCGUGGGCGGCAUGUACGCCCUCGCCGGCAAGCUCGUCGGACGCAACGACUAUGUCGACCUAGCCGCUCGCCUCACUGCGGGCUGCGUCUGGGGCUACGACUCAUUCCCGACCAACAUCAUGCCCGAAGGAACUGAGCUGGUCAAGUGCGAAAAUAUGGACCAGCCGUGUCCCUACGAACAAGAUAGGUUCUCCGCAGGCAGCAGCAAGAAUUUGCCAGGCGGGUUUCUUCGGAUCAACGACGGGAGGUACAUGCUGAGACCGGAAGGCAUUGAAAGCGUCUUCUACAUGUGGCGCGUGACGGGGGAUCCUGUCUGGCGCGACGCAGCAUGGCGAAUGUGGGAGGGCAUAGUCAAGGAGACAGAGACGGAGUUGGCGUUUGCUUCCAUUCAGGAUGCGAGUAGGCACGGGAGUGCCAAGCUUGAUUCCAUGGAGACAUUCUGGCUUGCGGAAACAACUAAAUACUUUUUUCUCACUUUUGAAGACGAAGAUGUCAUCAGUCUCGACGAAUGGGUGUUUAACACGGAAGCGCACCCCAUGCGGCGGCCGAUUGGGUCGUAG